CCAGACCUGCGGCCCACUUCGCGUCGCUCGGAUUCGGCAUCGGCGGCGCACUUCAGACACUUCAGUGACUUCAGUCGAAACGCGAUAACCCGGAAUCGGAGGUUGGCUAUCGGGUGUUUGUGGGUGUUUGUGUCACGGAGCGUGAGGUCGUGAGGUGCGAUACGUGCGACUGCGUCGUCCGACUUCCGAGUUAAAAUAGCAAUCGUCCGCGUCUGGUCGCGCUACGCUACAGUUUUACGUGCGCCCACAGCAGCUAAAACCCAGUGGCACGGCGAGUAAAACGGGGUCCCGCGCGUGAAACGAGAAUAUUCCAGAUAGGACGACGGGUGACGCAUCGAAUCGUGUGACGUAUUUACCCUCUCGCGUCGUCCCUUGCCGGAAUACGGCCUCGCGCGAGUCCCUUCAAUUUGCUGCACGUUCGCGUGCGUUGGCGUGUGUUCGGUAUAAGGAAACGCCGACCCAUAAUACAGUGCCGGGCACUGUAAUCACGGUGGAUUAUACCGCGGCUCGAUGAUACGCGUGACCUUGCCGUCGUGAAAAAUCGAUCUGGACGGGACGGCGUACCGUCGUGUCGUUGCGUGCGUUCGAACCGUUCGAAACGUUCGAACCUCCUCGAGACGUUCUUUUAUCUUUUUUUUCAAAUAACAAUCGGGAGUCGUCGCGUCUACUUCAUCGAGUAUUGAUGCUUAUCACGGAUGAAUAAUACUGAAUAUGUAUACAUAUGCAUACACGCGCAAACUCGCAUGUACACACAUUCGUGUAUCCGUAUGUUAGUACGCGCGCGCAUCUGCCCGUACAUUUUCCAGGAAAAGUGACAACACGUAUUACAGAUUACAGAUCGUUGUUAAAUCGCGAUUACCGCGACGAGAUAUAUAUUACGUGUUAUCUAGAAACGACGUUUAGUCCUAAUCGUUCUAAUAUAGCGGCGAGGAACGAGGAGAAUACGCCCUGCGAACAUAUUCGCUAAAACAAAACCAAAAGAUGACAACUUGGCAAGCACCUGGUGCGGGGUUCUAUCCAGGACAAGGUCCAUAUCCGUAUCCUCAACAGAAUCCUGGGUACCCGCCACCACAGGAAGGCUACCCAUAUCCUCAACAACCAGGAUAUCCACCGCCUUACUCCGGUGGAAAUCCACCAGGUCCAGGAUUUAUACCUCCACAGGGUCCACCAUACGGUGAAGCGCCGCCGCCAGUUGGUCCAGGAUUCGGAGGGAUACCUCCACAACAUCCAGGGAUGUACGGGUCCGGUGCUUAUGCGGAAGAUCCUAUGCAGGAUGAGAUCAAAGGAUUUGAGUUUAAUGACAAAACUAUCAGGAACGGUUUUAUUAGGAAAGUGUAUAGCAUUUUGAUGUGUCAGUUGGUCAUCACUCUUGGAAUGAUUAGCCUGUUCCUUUAUCAUAAACCGACACAGCAAUGGGUUAUGAGACACUCAGAAGUAUUUUGGAUCGCUUUCGCCAUGACUAUUGUUCUGAUCAUAUGUAUGGCUUGUUGUACCUCUGUGAGACGUAAAGCUCCGAUGAACUAUAUAUUCUUGUUCCUAUUUACAUUGGCGGAGGCUCUCCUGAUGUCUGUAGCUGCAUCAACGUACAAAUCGGAAGAGGUCAUGCUGGCCGUUGGAAUUACAGCAGCGGUUUGUCUAGGAUUGACGUUAUUUGCAUUUCAGACAAAAAUCGAUUUUACCGGAUUGCACACUGUCUUGUUUGUCGCUGUGCUCGUCUUAAUUAUUUUCGGUUUUAUCGCAAUGAUCUGGCCCGGAAAAACUAUGACUUUGGUUUACGCCUCGCUCGGCGCACUAAUAUUCUCUAUGUAUCUGAUUUACGAUACGCAAAUGAUGAUAGGCGGAAAACAUAAAUUUUCUAUCUCACCGGAAGAAUAUAUCUUUGCCGCGUUGAGUUUGUAUCUUGAUGUCGUCAAUAUCUUCCUGUACGUUUUAGCUAUUAUUGGCGCUUCGCGAGACUAAUUGAUGUCAAUUAUGAUGUUUUGACUUGUGUUACAAUUACUAAAGAAUACACAGUUUUUACUUACCGCCGUCCUGCUCUGGCUCUCCACAGUUAUUAUUCUGAGAGCGCACUGUAGGCGAAUAAACAAUGAAGUACGAAGGGGCAUGUAUUGGCAAGUCUUUAAUUUCUACGAAGAUAGCUUUUACAAAUUUUCAAAGAUUAAUAUACACGAACAGCACACUUAUAUUCCAAGUCUUUUUUCUAGGUCUAUAAGGCAUAACAAAGUUUUUCCCAUCGUUUUGGGGAGAAAACCAAAUAUAAAUUCGUGUAAUUGCUAAUGUGUAGAAUAGUAUGUCAUUAUCAUUAUUAUUAUUAUUAUCAUUAUCAUUAUCAUAAAGAUGAUUAAUGUUGUUUCUUUGUCUGUAUCAUUUUGAGUAAUCAUCACCAGAAUCGUUUAUUAAGAAGCAAAUAGUCAAAUUAUAAUUUUAUGAUUUUCUUAUUUCUUUAAAGGACUUGGAUUUUUCCAAGGUAAUCAAUGAAUGUACACAUCUAAUUUAAAAGUACGUAAAAGCGAUUAUUAAUAUAAUUGUUAUAAAUAUAUGUCAUAGUGUGAUAAAAAUCCAGCAUUAGUUAUAGUAUUAUAUUAUCUGGACUUAGCUGUAACUCCAGGCAACCUCAAGAGAUGCACCUUGUUGCCUAUACAUACAUAUAUAUAUACAUAUAUAGGAAGUUGAGAUUGUGUUUAUUCUUUGUUCAUAUUUGAAUAAUAAAACAAACGAUUACUUCUCUCGUA